ACCAGGUGUUGCAGUCCUCGCCCCGAUGAUUACCGCGUGUUUAAGAUAUAUUCAGUUACUGGGAAGAGUAAUGUAAUAUUGAUGACAUGACGCCAGUGACAGUUUUGUCUCUCCUUUGAUCAGAUUUGUGCAUCAUGGCUGGGGCCGUAGCCACCACCAUAUCUGGAGCAGCUACAGCAACUGCAGCAGCCAUCGGCAGUAGCAGCAGCAGCUCCAGCCCAGCCCUGACCUUCCGCGUAUUGGCCGAAUGCAGCAAGUCUAAAGCCCGGACAAGUCUAAUGAAGUUGCCACAUUAUACAGUCGAGCUGCCAAUGUUUAUGCCAGUCGGGACCCAGGGUACAAUGAAAGGUCUGUUGCCAGAGCAAGUGAAGGAUACCAAAGCUCAGAUCAUCCUGGGAAACACAUACCACCUAGGAUCCCGCCCGGGAAAGGAUCUUCUGCAGGAUUUUGGGGGUCUUCAUAAGUUCAUGCAGUGGGACCGAGCUCUCUUGACAGACUCGGGAGGCUUCCAGAUGGUGUCUCUCUUAGAGUUGGCGGAAAUUACGGAAGAAGGGGUGAAGUUUAAGUCUCCUUAUGAUGGAUCUGAGUGUAUGCUGACACCGGAGGAAAGUAUUGAGAUCCAGAAUGCCAUUGGAGCAGACAUUAUGAUGCAACUUGAUGAUGUAGUGAAUGUCAAGGAGAAAGAGUACGAGCGAUUUAAGACUUCUACCUACAGAACGACCCGUUGGCUUGAUCGGUGCAUGAAAGCUAACAAGAAUCCUGAGCGGCAAAAUUUAUUUCCCAUCGUUCAAGGAGGGCUCUUCCCCGACCUACGGAAGAUCUCACUCGAGCAGCUAAUAGCCAGAGAUGCUCCCGGAUAUGCUAUUGGAGGUCUUAGUGGAGGUGAGGAAAAGGACAAGUUCUGGCCAGUGGUUCAUCUGUGUACAGACCAGCUUCCAAAAAACAAACCUCGGUACUGCAUGGGCGUUGGCUUUGCUGUCGACCUCGUUGUGUGCUGCGCUCUUGGGGUGGACAUGUUCGAUUGUGUUUUCCCCACUCGAACUGCAAGAUUUGGCUGUGCUCUUGUGAACAAUGGCCAGAUCAACCUCAAGUCCCGUGAAUUUGUUAGCGACUUUGGCCCCAUUGACGAAAACUGUGACUGCACAACUUGCAAAAAUUACACCCGUGCCUAUCUACACACCAUCGUCACCAAGGAGACUGUUGCAUGCCAUCUUCUGUCUCUACACAAUAUUGCCUACCAGAAGAGGAAGGAAGCAGGGAGAUGGCCUACACCCACUUCAGAGCCAGGAACCUUAACUGAGGAAGCAGAUAGGGUGUCAACCAGGAAAGCCAGUCCUCCAGGAGACUAUGUACCUGCAGGAGACAGUAUGUACCUGCAGGAGACUGUAUGUACCUGCAGGAGACAGUAUGUACCUGCAGGAGACAGUAUGUACCUGCAGGAGACUGUAUGUACCUGCAGGAGACAGUAUGUACCUGCAGGAGACAGUAUGUACCUGCAGGAGACAGUAUGUACCUGCAGGAGACAGUAUGUACCUGCAGGAGACAGUAUGUACCUGCAGGAGACAGUAUGUACCUGCAGGAGACAGUAUGUACCUGCAGGAGACAGUAUGUACCUGCAGGAGACAGUAUGUACCUGCAGGAGACUGUAUGUACCUGCAGGAGACAGUAUGUACCUGCAGGAGACUGUAUGUACCUGCAGGAGACUGUAUGUACCUGCAGGAGACUGUAUGUACCUGCAGGAGACAGUAUGUACCUGCAGGAGACAGUAUGUACCUGCAGGAGACAGUAUGUACCUGCAGGAGACAGUAUGUACCUGCAGGAGACAGUAUGUACCUGCAGGAGACAGUAUGUACCUGCAGGAGACUGUAUGUACCUGCAGGAGACAGUAUGUACCUGCAGGAGACAGUAUGUACCUGCAGGAGACAGUAUGUACCUGCAGGAGACAGUAUGUACCUGCAGGAGACAGUAUGUACCUGCAGGAGACAGUAUGUACCUGCAGGAGACAGUAUGUACCUGCAAGAGACAGUAUGUACCUGCAGGCCUACAGUCAAGGCAGAAGCAGCAGGGGAGGUCGGAUGAUUCUUGGCACAGGUGUUGAAGCAGGUGUUGAAGACUAGAUGUGUCAUGGGGUUUGGGUUCAUUUCAUUACAUCAAUGUAGAUGUAUCAUAAUGUAUAAUUUAUAACCAUACUGUAUUUACAUUUGUAAUAAAACCAGGGGGGAUAACAACUAAAACUGAUAAAUGAUGAUAACCACAUUGGUCCAUGAGAUCAACAUAUGAUGAUAACCUUUAAGGGUGAAAAUCUUCAAGGGCUAAAAGAUUCAUAACAUUUUCUGUGCUUAACCAUCUGCAGGUUUGGCUGUCACAAAUAUUUCACACACUCUUUCAUAAUUCUUUAAUAUCUGCUUAAAUCAAUUUGAAAUAUCUGGGAAAAAACUUAUGCAAACACAACACACACAAAAC